GCUCAAUAAACGGCGCUAGUGUCUGUCAAGUGUCACAGCCGUUCCCGUCGGCCGACAGUGUUGCGAGACUCAAAUCGGUGAUUUUAAUUAGGAAUAACGAAUUUCUUUUUUUAGUAAAUUUGUGAAACUUUAAGCAAUAAUGACCGACAAGAAAGCGUAUCCGGUUGCGCCGCAUCCACCGACUGGCUUUGUCCCCGCGCCGACGCAACCCCCAACCUAUGGUGUUGCAGGCGCCGCCCCUUAUGGAGUAUUUCCCAAUCAGCCUCAAUUGUACGCGACGCAAGGUCCACCACCGCCAACAUAUGAUCAGACUCUUACGCAUCCUAUGAUGUAUCAACCAAUGUAUGGACAGGGAUAUCCUUUGCAAUAUUAUCCACCGGGAUACCCCUUACAAUAUUAUCCUCCAUUGGCUGCAACAACAGCAUACUAUCCCGCUAUGCAACCCGCUCCUGUAAGACCUACCAUUAUGGUACCUAAUGGUUUUGAUGGUACUCGGUUUGACAGCAUCUCGCAGCCGGUGUUGCCACCGCCGCCACCGGGAGUAGCCGCAAAUGCCGCGCAAUUGGCCGCGAUGGCCGGCCACAGUGUGGCUCUCUCGCAAAAGAAGGGCUCGUUCCUAGGAGGAGGAACGGAGGGUGGUUAUACCUUUUGGUAAACCACCUAAACCACCUUUCGUAACACACAUAUACGCAGACAUACACACUUACUCACACACACACAAACCGCAUUAACUAUCGGAAGCGCCGUAUUAUCGAGACGACGAGAUUACGUAGGUAAAUUUCUGUUAGAGCUCCGCUUUUCUCACUUCUGUCGAUGGCAGCUUCAUCGAUAUCUAUUAGUAUACCGUGUACGUGGACUGAUCACGCAACAUACACAUAUGUAACACUAACCCAUACCGUACGACAUACAUACACAUCACACAUAUACAAAAUAUACAUCUUAACAUGAUACUAAGGCAGCAACCGUGAGAAUUUCCACACGAUUCACAUACGGCGAUAUUUGCGAUCGAUAGAAGCGAUCCAAUGAUCUCAAGGACACCGUCGCCGUCUUGGUGAUUGAUCUGCGCAUCUUAUGUACUGUUGAACUGCAGAAAAUCGUCCCGGCCGAGGAAGACUCGGACACGACGACGCUCGUCGAACAUCCUCGAAAGCUAAUUCCUCGAAAGCUCAUCGUUCCGUGGGAAAAGCCGGGGGAUAGUAAGAGAGCUACGCUGAGAGUUUUGAGGGAUCUGCGAAGAUCCGAAAGCUCGAGAUCCGAGAUACCGAGAAUUCAAAAUUAUCAAAGGCACAACAAAACUGACCUGUUCCAUCAUAACAUGAAUCCGGAAUUCCAAAUUUUCACGAUCGAAAUUUUCAGACUUUGAAAGAUUCUAAAAAUCAAAGUUAUUGCAAUUUAUUAAUUACACAAAAGCAUUUAAGAAACAAAACAAAACUAGUUUAGAACAAGACUUUUAUAAGUUUUUGGAUGUUAAAUACAAAUUCAGUUUCCAAAUGGCUUUAUGAUGUUUAAAAUUUUGGGAAAUUUGCAAUUAAAGUUUCUAGUUUAUUAUAUGUACACGUCUCUUAAAAAACACAUUUUUUCAAAUUAUAUUGGUUAUUACGGUAAAUAUCACCACAUGGACUGCGUUCAGAAACAUCGCCUGAGUGUCGUCAUAUAUCAUUUUAUCUUUAACGUUCGGUGAACAAGGAUAAAAUAAUACAUGGGCCCACUUGGGUAAUGUUUCCGAACGCAACCAUGCCUCCAGUAGUCGAAUUGAUAUGAUGUCACGGAAUGAGUUCCAAGUUUAAACUCUGACUGAUAUUUUUCUCAAUAAGUUCUUUACAGUUUUCUAAGACGUUUAAUUGUAACAUCAUUAUUAAAUUUAACGAUCAAAUUAAUUUAAAAUAGCUCAGUUUUCUACCUCAGUUUACGAUUAUGUUUUAAGUUUGACAACCAUAUCGAUAUGCAGUUAAUAGAACUAAAACAUAUAUUUAAUUAAUAUAAAAAUAUUAAGCACCAAGAUCUGAUUGAGAAAUGGUAUUUCUUAUAAUAUUAAAUAAAUUAUUGGGAUUUUUAGCUUUCAAAAGAAAUGUUUUGAAUUGACUAUGAUUAAUAAGAUAUUGAUGGUCGAAUAUGGAAACCAUUACGGAAAAGCUGUGAUUUAAAUCUGACGAUUUACUAAAUAGCUUCCAAGUUUGUUUAUUUAAAACUAAGUGUAGUACUAGGUAGUAGUACUAUGUUAAAUAGCAAACAGCACUUAAUACGUUUUUUUUUAAUUUAGAAAAAUUUACUUCAAAUUUUUUAUAGAGGAAAGUUCAUAAAUAUUAUCCAUAUAUAGACUUCAAAUUUUUAUUUUAUAUAGUAAGAUGCAAGUACAAUGCAAAUAAAAUAUCAUUCUUUAUACAUGAAAAAGUACUAAGUAUUUUAUAUAUAAUUUUUAUUGUAACUAAUUUUUAUUGUAACUUUUUAAUUUCUACAAUCUUCUGAAUAUAAUAAAUUUACAUAUCAUUUUUCUGAAGUAUUUUAAAUUUGUUAUAUUCAGAAGAUUAUGGUUAGCAUUAUUUCAAAAAAGUGUUUUUAACUAUUUCAGUAACUUUUUGGUAAUUAAUUCAGAAAGAUUAUAAAUUUUUUCAGCAUUUUUUUAGAAACUUUUCAGUAACCUUUCAGCAAUAUUAUUUAUAAGGUUUUAAAUGUAAAAAUCACGAAUAUUUUGUUAUUCCAAAAUCUCAGAAAUAUUGCAAACAUUUUUCACAAAUAUGAAAUGGUUCUCUUUUCAGUUGAAAUAUUUUUGAGAUACUUCUGAAAAAUUUCGGUACUGUAUAGGUAAGGUUUCUUUUUAGAUUGUUGAAUACGAAUCUGAUAUCAAAAUUAAUAAAUUUAAAAUAAUAGAAUUAGUAUAACGGAUGAAAAGUAAAUCACAUGUUUAAAUUUUAGUAAAAAUUUAUAUACCCAUAUAGCAAAGCUUGCAAUAACAUUGCAUAUUGUAAUGUUAAAGAGAUUGCAAAAAAUUUUUGGAAUAUUAUUUUAGCAAAAAUGCAAUAUUUCAAAAAUAUUGUGAAAAAUGUCUUCAAUCGCGAAUAGUACGCGUCACCAGAUGAAUGUGACAAAGUUCCAUAAUUAAAAACCACACAAGAAUAAAAGGUGCAGCUUGAAAUAUUGCAUCCAUGUUUUAAUAAAAUGAUUCUUAAAGGAAUGAAUUUCUCAAAUUGAAUUCGAAGACGGAAGUAAACGAGAUGUAUUUUAAUAGUAAAACUUUCUCUUUUGUAUAAAAAUUAAUUCAGGAACAUGAUAUUUCUGGUAAUUAUAAGUAUAUGCAAAUAUGUAUUAAUAAUCGUAAAUGUUUUCAGAAACUUCAUAUUAUAUUGUAAUAUUGCUGCAAUGUUGCAAUUGUGCGAAGAAAUAUUUUUGCGAUAUUACUGCCAUCUUUCUACGCUAUAUAGGUAGGGAUUUUAUCAUAAAAACCCUGUAUUUAAUAAUGAACAUUUUAUUAAUUAUAACCAACACAAAAAAUUGUUUCAAAGCUAAAAAUAACAUACUUAAUUUUGAUUGUGUCUUCAGUAAUAAUUGUGAUACAUAAAAAUAACCCUUUUUACAAUUUUAACUGCAAAAUUCUCAAAAUUGUGAUGUGGAACAACUUGGAAACUGAAUUCGUAUACGACGUUCAAAAACUACAAGAAAUAACUAGUUCCUUUUUAGUGUUAUUGGUCCGAAAGCAAUGUAGUUUCCAUAAAUUCGAGAUUUAAAAAAUCAAUGAAAAUUUCAAGAAGUUAAGAAUCUCGAAAAAUUAUCUCUUCAAAAUACUCUUUUUGGGAAAAAAUUGACGUUUCCAAGAAUUCAUAGAAAGUGAAAAUCAUAGGAUUCAUGUGCAUUCACAGACUCAAAUUGCCAUGAUAUCAGACUUUAGAACGCUAAAAUUACAAUUCUAGUUGAAAAAGAUGAAUUAGUGAUUUAACUAUGAUCUCGAAUUUCUCAAGAUUCAAGGUAUCCAGGAUCUAGCUUUAGUGGCUUCUAUUAGUUCCAUUAAGAUUCUAAAAUUUUAGUUAAAUUUAAGAAAAUUUAACUAAAAUUAAAUUAAAAUCACCGAUCAAGCAUUUUUCCGGUAAAACAUUAAGAAUCAUACAUGUGUAAGUUUUCGAGGACUCGUGUCCUCGAGGCAAUCUGCGAAUUCGGGAUCCACGGUGUCAGAGAACCCGAGAGCUCGAAGCAGUCAAUGUGCGUUUCCCACGAAGAAUAGUUAUUGCGAGAGAAUAUUAUUUUACGAAGGAUAAACUAGUUAGAUCAACGAAAGGCGGAUUGAUGCCACUGAUAAGAAACGACAUUGUCGUUGUGCUCAUCAAAGCCGAAAAAGGGAAUGGAUCAAGGAUAAAGAGAGAGUAGAAACCCAAUGUCGACGAUUGUAGAAAUUCACGACAUAUUGCGUUGAUAUUUAUAUUUAAAUUAUUGUUAUUUAAACAAUUUAUUUGCAGAUCCUCCUUAGAGACAGAAUCAUCGGUGCGUGUUUCAACGAUUUAUUUUAUAUCUCGAGAAAGUGAGAACAAAAGAAAGGAGUGAAAGAGAGAGAGAAAGAGUGGAAUGAGUUUUAUAUCACGAAAGCGUAAAAGCGUGCAAUAAGCGUAAAUCUAUUGUAACAAUAAAAAAAAACGAUAUUAAUUGAACUGUGAACUUGUUAUCACGUUAAAUGAGUGAAAAAACAAGAGUGCGAGAGAGAAAAUAUGUACAUGUGCGUGUGAGUGAAAAAAGAAUGUGAGAGAAAAAAGUGAACGAGGGUAAACAAUGAGUUGAGACAAAAAUGUACCACUUCGCGAUGAUCAAUUGUACCAGUUAAUAAAUGCUAUGGUCAUGCAAUUCGUUAA